AUGCUAAGUUCACCUACCAACUCUCCCGGCACCUUUGUAGACUCCAACAGCUUUCUUGCACAGGUGGCCACAAUGUCUAAAAAGACAAGUUUUCAUCCAUUGCCUCAAAUGGAACAGGUUGGCUUUGAAAGACUCCUACCAGCUCAGAAGUACAAAGAUGGAGAUUUCUGCCUCUGUGCCCCACUGGCAUCCAUUCUAAUUCUGUUUUUCAAAUUCACAGAGAGUGAAGAUGUUUAUCAAAGGCAGGUGCUGUCAAUUUCAUGUAUCAUCUUUGGAAUUGUCAUCGUGGGCAUGUUCUCUGCAGCAUUCUACUUCAAAAGCAAGAAUAAGGCUAAACAAAUCCAAGAGCAGCUGAAAGAGUCACAGAAUGGGAAAAACUACAGCCUCAAGGCAUCCAGCACAAUGACAAAGUCCGAGAGCUUGAUGAAGGGCCAUGUCCAGCUGCAAACUUAUUCAAAGGCGGACAGACAUCCUGUGACUGCACUGGAGAAAAUAAUGGAGUCAAGUUUUGCGGGUCCCCAGUCAUUCCCUGAGGUCCCUUCUCCUGACAGAGGAAGCCAACUUGUCAAGCACCACAGGAGUAUUUCUUCUUGCUGCAGCCCAGGACAGAGGAGUGGGAUGCUGCACAGGAGUACCUUCAGAAGGACACCACCUUCACCCCGAAGUAGACUGGGUGGGAUUGUAGGACCAGCAUAUCAGCAACUGGAAGAGUCAAGGAUCCCAGACCAGGAUACGAUACCUUGCCAAGGGUAUACAUCCAAUGGCUUAAGAACCCAACAAAACGCAUCAAUAAAUAUGCAACUGCCUUCAAGAGAAACAAACCCCUAUUUUAAUAGCUUGGAUCAAAAGGACCUGGUGGGCUAUUCGUCCCCAAGGGCCAACUCUGUGCCCAUCAUUCCUUCGGUGGGUCUAGAAGAAACCUGCAUGCAAAUGCCAGGGAUUUCUGAGGUCAAAAGCAUUAAAUGGUGCAAAAACUCCUAUUCUGCAGACAUUGUCAAUUCAAGUAUUCCAGUCAGCGACUGUCUUCUAGAAGAACAACAGGAAGUGAAGAUAUUACUAGAGACUGUGCAGGAACAGAUCCGGAUUCUGACUGAUGCCAGACGGUCAGAAGACUAUGAACUGGCCAGUGUGGAGACUGAGGACAGUGCGAGUGAAAACACAGCCUUUCUUCCCUUGAGUCCCACAGCCAAAUCAGAACGAGAGGCACAAUUUGUCUUAAGAAAUGAACUACAAAGAGACUCUGUGUUAACCAAGUGACUCGAGAUGUAGGAAUCUGUGCGUUCUCUGCUUUGCUCAACAGGAAAGAGAGGAAAAUAAAUACAAAUUAUUUAUAUGCAUUAA